CUCUCUCUCAGGGCCCUGUUUGCAGCACUAACCUCACACUGUGCUUCCAUUGCAGAGAAGCUGGAGUGCUGGUACAAGAACGGUGGCUGCUGGCAGUACUGCUGGGACAGCGGUUCCUUCCAGGUGCAGUGCUCCUGUGCCAAGGGCUACACCCUGCACGAGGACGGGAAGAAGUGCAUGCAGACAGCCCAGUUUCCAUGUGGCCUGAUCAGAGCCCGGCGUGCCUUGGAGGAAGCACGGCACGAGGUGGCCACGUGGAACAGCAGCACAACUCAUGCAGUUAAACAGGCCAAAGAGAAGCAAAGUGCUGCUGAGGAAAAGGAAGCUUUAAAGGCUGCAUCUGGGCAAAGCACAGCCGUGGAGGACGAUGCUGGGCAGGAAGGUGGGGACCCCAGGCAGCAGCCCACAGAGGGACCGGCCUGGCAGAAUGAGACGACAGCAGCAGCCAUGGAGGAGGAGAUGGUGGAGAAAAGUUCUGGGCAGAACCAGAGCGGGCAGAGCACCGGGCAGGACAAGACAGGAGCAGCUCAGCACAUGCCUGGUGGUCUCAAUGAGAGUGACAAUGCAGAUAUUUCAGCCAUACCUCAGUGUCCCCAAAGAAAUGCCAGCGCUCCCGCAGAGCACAGGGACUCCAGGAUAACUGGAGGAUCAUUGUGUCAUCGGGGACAGUGCCCCUGGCAGGUUUUGAUCCGUGACAGCAGAGAUAUUGGCUUCUGUGGAGGGAGUUUGAUCAACAGUCGCUGGGUGAUCACAGCUGCUCACUGCCUCGAUCUUGUCAGACCUCACCACGUUACCAUAGGUGACUUUGACAAGUACCAGAGAGAACUGAAGGAGCAGAAGAUAGGUGUGGAACGGAGCUGGACGCAUCCACACUACGAUUCCAACAACUACAAUGGGGACAUCGCCUUGCUGUACUUGAGCAGUGAGGUGGUUUUUAACGAGUACGCCAUUCCCAUCUGCCUGCCCAGCCCCAACCUGGCAGCCCUGCUGGCCGAGGAGGGACGAGUGGGGAUGGUCAGUGGCUGGGGUGCCACCCACAGCCGGGGCUCCACGCUGCGCUUCCUCAUGCGGGUGCGGCUGCCCAUUGUGAGCAUGGACACGUGCCAGCAGUCCACGAGCAGGCUGGUGACAGACAACAUGUUCUGUGCUGGAUAUGGCACUGAAGCUGCGGAUGCCUGCAAGGGUGACAGCGGAGGCCCAUUUGCUGUGUCUUACCAAAACACGUGGUUCCUGCUGGGCGUUGUAAGCUGGGGGGAUGGCUGUGCUGAAAGGGGAAAAUACGGCAUGUACACAAGAGUGUCCAAUUACAUCCCCUGGAUUAAGGAGACUGUUGAAAGCGUGGAAGAUUCAGAAAACUUUUCCAUUAACUUUUCCUAAGAGCGACCUUAAAAAUAGGGGCAAUUCUUGUACUACAGCUGUCUCUGAUGCUAAAAGCCAGGUUUGUCUUUAAAGGAAUGCUGAGUCUCAA